AUGGGUCAGGCUAGUUCUUCUAGUAGACCACCACAACAAAAAUAUCAACAACAAUCUUCUUUAUCUGAUACGACAUUCAAACUUGAAGAAACUCUUCAACAAUUCAUGCCAAUGUCCAUAUCAUACCAAAAAAGCACAAAAUCUUCUAUAAGGAAUUUAGAAGUUCAAAUUGGUCGAUUGGCCAAGAAAUUAGAAGAUAAGCCUGAAAAUACAUUUGGAUUUAACAUUGAACCAAAUCCAAAAGAACAUUACAAAGCUAUAACUACAAGGAGUGGUAAAGUGUUAGAAGGAGUAGUUGUGAGGAAGGAGGAUGAGAUGGAAAAAUUAAAUGAUGAGAAAGACGAGGAAGUUGAGGAAGAAAAUGAAAAGAAAAAAGAAGGAGAGAGUCAUAAAGAGAAACAAGUGGCUAAACCUUUACCUUAUCCAAAGAUUUUAUCAAGAAAGGAAAAGGAAGGCCAAUUUUAUAGAUUCAUGGCUCUUUUCAAAAAGCUAGAAAUCACAAUUCCCUUUUCAGAAGCACUCCAACAAAUGCUUUCUUAUGCCAGAUUUAUGAAGGAUUUGUUGACCAAGAAGAGAAAGUACAUUGAAGAAGACACAAUUGAGGUGCAAAGGAAUUGCAGUGCCAUCAUCCAAAAACUUCUACCACCAAAAUUCAAAGAUCCUGAAAGUUUUACUAUUCCAUGCACAAUUGGAAAACUCCCCAUUGGAAAAACAUUGAUAGACUUAGGUGCAAGUAUAAAUUUGAUGCAUUUGUCUAUGUUAAAGAAAAUAGGGGACAUGGAAGUAAAACCAACAAGGAUGAUACUUCAACUAGUAGACAUGUCUAUUAAGGACCCAUAUGGAGUCAUUGAAGAUGUUUUAGUGAAAGUUGACAAAUUCACUUUUCCAGUGGAGGAGGAUACUGAAGUCCCCCUUAUACUUGGUAGACCUUUUAUGAAAACUGCUAGAGUGAUAAUUGAUGUUGAUGAUGGAAAUCUUAAGGUGAGGUUGCAUGAUGAGACAAUAAUUUUCAAUGUUGUGGAAGCAAUACAACACCCGAGAGAUAGAUGA